AUGGAUAAUCGUCGACAAGCUCGCAUUCAUAGAUUUCGACCCGCACUGAUCACACAAAUCGAUGAUGCAUUACCUGAUUACAUGAAUUUGAUGGGCAUGAUCUUUUCGAUGUGUUCAUUAAUGCUUAAAAUCAAAUGGUGUGCAUGGAUUGCCAUUUUUGCUGCAUUAGUCGGUUUCGCUAAUUCUCGUACUACAGACGAUGCCAAGCAAGUUCUCAGCAGUUUUAUGCUGUCAAUCUCUGCAGUUGUUGUUACUUAUAUGCAAAAUCCAGCACCGAUGACAAUACCCUUUAUGCAGUAG